CCCGCCCACACCCUUGCCCUGUGCAGAGGCCGCCCGGCUGGGCUCAGGCUCCGACCCGCAGCCCGCUGCCCAGCGUCCAAGCCGGUUCGCCGCUACCGGCGGGUUGGAGCCCGGGUUGUGAGGGCCAAGUGGGCUCUGCAGAGGAUGAAGCAGGCCCUGGUGGACGACACAGAGGAUGUGUCCCUGGACUUUGGCAACGAAGAGGAACUGGCCUUUAGGAAGGCCAAGAUCAGGCACCCUCUGGCCACCUUCUUCCACCUGUUUUUCCGGGUGAGUGCCAUCGUCACCUAUGUGUGCUGUGACUGGUUCAGCCGGAGCUUCGUGGGCUGCUUUGUCACUGUGCUGCUUCUUCUGUCCUUCGAUUUCUGGUCUGUGAAGAACGUGACCGGGAGACUCAUGGUGGGCCUUCGAUGGUGGAACCAGAUAGACGAAGAUGGGAAGAGUCACUGGAUUUUCGAAGCCAGAAAGAUCUCUCCCAAUAAUAUGGCUGCCACGGAGGCGGAAGCGCGCAUCUUCUGGCUCGGCCUCAUCAUUUGCCCCCUGAUUUGGAUUGUGUUCUUCUUCAGCACCUUGUUCUCCCUGAAGCUGAAGUGGCUGGCGCUCGUGAUCGCUGGGAUUUCUCUCCAAGCUGCAAACCUCUACGGCUACAUCCUCUGUAAGAUGGGAGGUGAGAGCGACAUCAGCAGCGUCACAGCCAGUCUUCUGUCCCGGACGGUGUUCCAGACGGUGAACUGCUGAGGUCUGCCUCCUGGCCCAACACCCUCACCCAGAUGCUCAAAGAACAGCCCUGUUGGCAACUGCAGUUUUAAUAUGAUCCACAUCAGCCAGGGGCCAUUGUUUUUUUUGUUUUUAUUACAGGAAAUGUAUAUAUGGUAGGCCACAUAACCAUUCUAAAGUGUACCACUCAGUGACACUGAGCACUUUCACAUCAAUCGGCAGUCACCACCACCGACCACUGGCACAGCUUUUCCAUCUUCUCAAACGGAAACCGUCCCAUUAAAUGCUAACUGCGUUUCCCGCCCCAGCCCCUGGCAGCCACACUCCGCUUUCUGUCUCUGUGACUCUGACUCCUCUGUGGAUCUCCUCCAAGAGCAGCCACACAGAUUUGUCCUUUUGUGACUACCAUUGUUAGUUUCAAGGGGUUAUUAAAAAAACUAUAGAAUUACAGAAAGAAUCAGUUUUGUUUUUGUUCCCACUUAGCAGAUAAUUCCAGAAGUGAGAGCGAGAUGAGCCUUUUAAAUUCCGCUGGCCUCAUCCUGAAAUGCUCUGAGCCACCUUAAACUCGAGCAGCACUCUUCAUGCCAAGCCACCAAGCAGCCAGGUGUGCACAUUUUCCAAACUCUGGCACUUGCUCUGGCCUGGACUCACUCGCUAUGAGGACAGAGCCACAGCUGGCUCCCCGCCUUGCAGGCCUGCCCAGGUGACCUCCUGAAGCCUGGCCUUGCGGGCCUGGAGACUCACCAGUGUGAGGUGAGGAAGGGAUCAUGACGUAUGUCUGAGGCUAAGAGGCCUAGGAGCUUGUGGGAAGCCCAGAUCCUGGAUCCCCAAGUCUGUGGUCUGGAUGGGCUUCCCCAGUUCUAGCCAGCCAGAAGCAAGGCUGUGGCCUGGGCCUGCCCCAGGGCCCUGUGGCCUCCUUAUCAUUGAACACAUGUAAGUGCACGUAUGACCCUACAUGCAGGCAGGAAGAGGGCAGGGGGCUGAGAGAAUGGGAGGGAAAGAACAAGGGAUUUGCCCACCCUUCUAUCUUCAGGCCCCAGACUGGGAGGGGAAACAGGAAUUUACUCUUCCCUCAGCCGGUCUCAGUUCCUGUGUGUCUCAGAGAGCACCUGAUGGCAAUGGGGCUGGUUUGAGAAUAGACAUCUGUCCUUUUUUUUUUUUUUUUUUUUUUUAGAGGUUUUUCUU